AUGUCUGUCACCGGUAUUAUGAGCAAAUUUGCUCGUUUCAUUGGGCCGGGAAUUAUUAUCAGUGUGGCCUACAUGGACCCCGGCAACUAUUCUACUAGUGUAUCUGGAGGCGCUCAGUUUCAAUACCAGCUGCUGUUUGCCAUCUUCAUUUCCAAUAUAUUUGCGGUGGUUUUGCAGUGCCUAUGUGUAAAGCUCGGCACCGUGACAGGCCGGGAUUUGGCAGAAAAUUGUCGUCAACACCUCCCACAUAAAUUGAACGUGAUUAUCUUCUUUUUUGCCGAAUUAGCGAUCAUCGCAACUGACCUUGCUGAAGUAGUCGGUACAGCCAUUGCUUUACAGAUUCUGUUUGGAUUUCCACUCUUACUUGGUGUUGCAUUCACCAUCUUUGACGUCCUCAUCAUAUUGAUUUUCUACAAACCUGAAGAGCAGUCUAUGAAACAAGUGCGGUUUUUUGAGAUGUUUGUGACAACCUUGGUAGCUGCUACUGUUGUGUGUUUCGUGUUAGAGCUUUUCAAAAUCUCUGUUCCCGACAAAAUUGAGCUUUUUGAGGGGUUUCUGCCUUCAAAAGUCAUCUUCCAAGACAAGCAAGCGAUGUAUAUUUCGCUUGGAAUCUUGGGGGCUACUGUAAUGCCUCACUCGUUGUUUCUGGGCUCCUCGGUGGUCAAGCCAAGAAUAAACGAGUACGACUUCAAGAAAUAUGGUAAGCUCAAUGCGCAACCCUCGCUAGCUGCGAUCAAGUAUACUUUGAAUUACUCGUACGCUGAGCUGAUUAUUUCGCUUUUCCUUAUCGCCACUUUUGUUAACUCAGCUAUUUUGAUUGUCGCAGCUUCAACUUUGUAUGGACAGCCCGAUGCCGAGGAUGCUGACUUGACUUCAAUCUAUAAUUUACUCAGCUACUACAUUUCUCCUGCUGCAGGCCUAAUUUUUGCUCUGGCUAUGUUGUUCUCAGGUCAAUCUGCUGGUGUAAUAUGCACUAUGGCUGGUCAGAUUGUAUCUGAAGGAUUUCUUCGCUGGACCUUCAAACCCUGGGUGACCCGAUUGGUCACAAGAUUGAUUGCUAUUGUGCCUUGCUUCUUUGUUGCUGCAUUUUUUGGCGAAAAGGGCAUUUCAAGUAUUCUGAAUCUGAGCCAAGUUGUUCUAUCAUUGAUUUUACCCGUUGUUUCCGCUCCUUUGAUAUAUUUCACCUCCAAUAGUACCAUUAUGUCUGUAUCCGAUACGCACGAGCAGAACUUAGAUGAAGCGAGUGAAAAUACUCCAUUAGCAACAAGGGCCACUGGCAAAAUAAACUAUGCGAAUUCCAGAUGGCUCACAAUUACAUCAAUUAUUGUUUGGGCCAUAAUAAGUGGAUUAAAUUGUUACCUUGUGAUUUCCUUCAUAGUAGGGGCUGAUGUCCAUAUUUAA